AUGGCGGUUGAAGCAUCCCUAGGUAGUUCUGUGGCUUCUCCGUCUGCAGAGAACGUUAAAUCAACCGGAAAAUCAGCUGCCGGUACCCAAGUUAGUAAUUCUGGUGACGGGGUAUAUUGCCAUCAGUGUCGUCAAAAAACCAGGGCUCCCACCGCAGCAUGCAAGAAUCUUACGAAGAAGAAACCCUGUUCAGUAAAGAUAUGUCGCAGAUGCCUAUGGAACAGGUACGGUGAAGAUUUGGAGGAAGUAGCUAGUUUGGAGGAAUGGAAGUGCCCAAAAUGCAGGCUCGCUUGCAACUGCAGUGUGUGCUUGAAGAGAAGGGGCCUUCAACCCAUGGGUAUACUUACUAGUGCAGCAAAAGCGACUGGAUUCUCUCCAGUCACCGAGAUGCUAACUGUUGAGGGUUCAGAUCAUGGAAAGGUUGGUAAUGCCAUGAAUGGGUCUCUGGAAAAUGAUGUAUUAUCUGCUAGAAAGAAAGGGAAGGAAAGCUUGGAUGUAGAUGAUAAUACCCCUUCGAAGAGAAUGAAACAUUCUAAACUGGCUGAAACCAGCCACACUAUUCGUGAAGAAAUUGUGCUGCCAGUGGAAACCAGCCAAACAUUCAAAUUGGGCUGA